UUUCCUUCCACUUAUGAUGUAUGGAACAACUUAAUAAAUAUAUCACAGAGUUCCAUUGAGAUAGCCUCAUUAUACUGGUCCUUAAGAGGAUCCGAUAUUUACCCCCAUCCAUCAGCUAAUGAGGGAGAAGACAUUUUCAACAAACUGAUGGAUGCUGCAGGGGAUAGAAACAUAAAAUUGAGAAUUGCUCAGAACUCCCCAUCUAGAGAUAUGCCUGGCAGAGAUACUGAGGAGCUACAGAAGAAAGGUUUUGCAGAGGUCUGAUG